AUGAGUACAACAGCAAUUAUCAGCGGUGUAGCAGGUAUAACCGCCAUUAGUGCCGUGUCUGAAGCUCAGGGACUACCAGGCGCGCCUGGGCCUCCUGGAGAUGCUGGAGCGCCCGGAAGGCCAGGAGCAGUAGGACCGCCGGGUGAGCCAGGCGCGCCUGGACAAUGCGACAGAGGACUGCCUGGACCUCCGGGACCUCCUGGACCGAUGGGACCACUUGGAGCACCUGGAGCAAAUAGCGCAUCUGAUGCUGUUGCAAUCCCUGGUCCACCUGGACCUCCAGGAUCACCCGGAAGACAAGGAAAACCAGAUAUGGAUGGCCACCCGGGAACUGCAGGAGGUAUGGGCUCCAUUGGAGGAGACGCCAUGUACUGUCCAUGCCCGCAGCGAACGAUAAAAAUGAAACGAAUGGCUACACGAUAUGUGAAAUACCGUUCAUCAUAG